AUGCCUUCUCUCUACACCAUCACCGAGCCUCACCCCACCGUUGCUAAGAACAGCUACACCCACUCUGGCCGUGGCGGUGCUGGCAACUUCUUCCGUGCUCCUCAGACCACCGCUCCCUCCGGUGUCCCUACCCCCGCUGCUACCACCCCCUCCAGCACCGGCCGUUUCUACUCCGGCCGGGGCGGUGCCGGCAACGCUCACGCCAAAGCCGAGCGCCCUGUCCUCUCCUUCGACGAGGAGUUCACCCGCGCCGAGGUCCGCGAGAAGGCUGCCACCAUCAGCCACGUAGGCCGCGGUGGCGCCGGCAACAUCUUCAGCUCCAGCUCCUCCUCCACCAAGAAGAACUCGACCGAGCUCAGCCGGAGAGACUCCAACAGCACCAACGGCAGCACUAAGUCUGGCUUCUGGGGCCGCAUCAGCAGCCUCGGCCACUAA